AUGCUAAAACAGUCCAAGUAUUGUCCAUCCAACCCUAUCUUACUUACAGUAACAAGCUCAGCCCACACCCACCAAUCACAUGACCCCAUAAUCCCGCGGCCAUCGGAACACCACCGAAACCGCAAAAGCCUCCAAUUCAACACCACCUACUCUCCCUUGCCCUCCAACCUCAAUCUCACCCCGCCACCCUCCACCAACCUGGGAGGAAUCGCAACACCCAAUCCCUCCCUCCCGUGUCCAACGCACCAAAAAACCUCCACCGCCAAGAUGGUCGACAUCGUCCCCCUCUCCUCCUACCCCUCCUACAUCGACCUCCUCCCCUCCAUCCAAACUUGCAACAUCACCAACCUCCCCGAAAACUACUUCCUGAAAUACUACCUCUACCACGCCCUGACAUGGCCGCAACUGAGCUUUGUCGCCGUCGUCCGGCCCAAGAAUGGGUACAAGAGCGGUGGCUCCGGGCCCGGUAUGGCGGGCGAUAUCUCUGGCCAGUAUCCUAAGGUUGUCGGGUAUGUGUUGGCGAAGAUGGAGGAGGAACCGUCGGAUGGGUUGCAGCAUGGGCAUAUUACUAGUUUGUCGGUUAUGCGGACGCAUCGGAGGUUGGGAAUUGCGGAGAGGUUGAUGCGGAUGAGUCAGCGCGCAAUGGCCGAAUCCCACCGCGCCAACUACGUCUCCCUGCACGUGCGCGUCUCCAACACCGCCGCCCUCCGUCUAUACCGCGACACGCUGGGCUUCGAGGUCGAAAAGGUCGAGAGCAAGUACUACGCCGACGGCGAGGAUGCCUACGCCAUGAAAUUGGACCUGCAGAAGCAGUGGCUGGACUGGAAGGCUAUCGAAAAGCGGGACCGGGAGAAUGACAAGGCCAAGGAUGACGAGAACGCUGAUGAGGGUGAUGAGGUUGGUGAGUUGGGCAAGAAGGAGGAUGUCAAGGAGGGGGAGAAGUUGGUUAAGGUUAAGGUUGGUCGUGGGUUGGGUGUUGGUGAUUUGGUUGAGAGGAAUGAGAGUCAGCAGUCAUAG